GGCGGGGGGGGCCGCGGGGCGGCGGGGCGGAUGGCGGCGGGGCUGCGCCAUGUUGCGGUGGCUCGUGGCGGUGCUCAGUCACUCCUGUUUUGUCUCCAAGGGCGACAGCAUGUUCUACGCGGUGCGCAGGGGCCGGCGGACGGGCGUCUACCGCACCUGGGCGGAGUGUCAGGAGCAGGUGAAUAAGUUUCCCUCCGCCAGCUUCAAGAAGUUCGUCACCGAGAAGGACGCCUGGGCCUUCGUGGGCGCCGGCCUUCCGGGGCAGGAGCAGCCCGAGCCAGCAGAAGCACAUGGUCCUCUAGCUGUAACAAAGGUAGAUGAUAGCCAGAAAGAGGAGCCGGAAAUAAACAUCUUAUGUUGCAAUACAUGCAAAAGGCCGUACGAACAGUCUACAAAUGAAGAACACAUUGCAAAGCGUGUGAAACACGAUGAAGUAUACUCAGUGCCAACAGUCAGUCAAGAUAAAUUUUCAUAUAUGGGCGACUUUGCAGUCGUUUAUACAGAUGGUUGUUGCUCGGGUAAUGGACGUAACAGGGCACGUGCUGGAAUAGGUGUCUACUGGGGACCAGGCCACCCUUUAAAUACCAGUGAAAGACUUCCUGGACGGCAGACUAAUCAACGAGCUGAAAUACAUGCAGCCUGCAAAGCAAUAGAGCAAGCAAAGAGUCAAAACAUCAAGAAACUAAUUAUCUACACUGAUAGCAAGUUCACUAUUAAUGGUAUUACAAGCUGGGUUGACAACUGGAAAACAAAUGGCUGGAGAACAAGUUCAGGAGGAAGCGUAAUAAAUAAAGAAGAUUUUCAAAGACUUGAUAAUCUAUCAAAAGGCAUAGAAAUUCAGUGGAUGCAUAUUCCCGGUCAUGCUGGCUUCCAAGGAAAUGAAGAAGCCGAUAGACUAGCAAGAGAAGGAGCUUGUAAACAAAAGUCUUGACAUACUGGGACUAGAGACUGUUGCAGUGGGAGGAAAAGGACUUGACAACUUGAACUGCUGUAAUUGUUUCGGAGUUGAACUUUGAACUGUACUUCUGUCUGGCCUGAAGUGUUAAACAUAUACCAACUUCUGGGGAGAAAAAACCCACAUUUUCUUCUAUAGCAUUUCUUUUACAAUCAAGUCAAUAUUUAGUUGAUCAUAGUGUUUGCUUUUUGUCCAUCUUACUGAAGGGCCGUGGUCAGUGGUUUUAGCUGUCUUGUAGACUUCUGAAUUCACCGUAAAGACAGGCUUCUGAAGAAGUAAUAUUAGAUCUUUAUCCUAAGUGUUCUGUAUUUUCCUCUUAGUGAAAUAAAUUAAAUUUUUGUACAGAG